UUUGCUCAGAAGUGCCGAGUCAGCGCUGGCCGCCGCUGUUCCCAUUUCUGCAGCCAGGAGCCCGAGGGACAGCCCCCGUCUCCUCCUCCCCCUCCUCCUUUUUCUCAGCCUCCUUUAAUCCCAGGCUGCCACCCCACGCAGAGCAGUCCAGCGAGCAGAGCAGAACUGAGCUGAGCUGGUGGCCUCCCAAGAAACCCCCCAGCCACUUCUGCCCAAGGCCAGAGACGCCCCAGAGGAAUCUUCCUCCGACCCAUCUCUUGGGCCGCAGCCGGGGGGCGCGGGGGAGAGGGACAGAGUCUCAGGUGAGAGAGACUCAGACAGACAGACAGACAGAGCGCGCAGCCCUUCCGCACCCAACACCGUCUCCUAAGACCGACGAGACUCUUGGCGUCUUCAUCUAACCGGAGAACCACAGCCCUUGAUCUGGGCUCCGCUCUAAGGCCGGCCCUUUCUCACUCACUCCCACCUUGGAAAGAUGGAACCCCAGGAGAGCGCCGUCCAGUACAGCCGAUGGAACAACAGCCAGGAUGAAGUCAGCAUGAAUGUGUCGACCCCAGAGAGCUCAGGCUGUGAGCGGGUCUACAAUAAACUAUGCACCGGGAAGCUGGGCAUCGCUAUGAAGGUGGUAGGCGGAAUCGUUCUGUUCUGGGUCAUCUUCAUCAUCGGCUACAUCACUGGGUACUACAUCCACAAGUGCAAGUAGCACUUGUCUGAGCCUGCUGGACACCUUUUCCGAGGAGCCCUCCACCCACCCAGAGACCUCUUACUACCUGGCCAAGACCAUCAGGCCAAGGCUGCCCCCUGGGGGCACAUACACCUAUAGAGAUAGACACACACACACAUAUACACACACAACGGGACAAAUAUAGACACAAAGACUCUUUUCAGAGAAAGAGAGGAUAUGCUGAAACAAAUACAGAGGCAGACACUGGAUGAGAGAGAGAGAGCAACACAGAUACACCAAGCCAAAACAUUGGCCUGCGAGAGACUAGAAAGAUGAGACAGAUACUCUGCUACAGAUACACAGAGAUGCUAAGAGAGACAUACAUACAAUUAGGCACAUACAGGCUAAUUUACUGAAAGACAGACUCAGAGAAACAGACACACACUAACAACAGAAACAAAUCUCUUCUCUCCUGCCCCAGGAUAGAAUUCCAGACCAAGCCAUCCAUAACCCAGCCCUCCCCUGCCACAUUCCAGCCGCAGCACACUCAGUUAUUGAAGCCCAGGAUGGCAACUCUCAUUCCCACCCUCCUUGGUCACUCCUGGUUCUCCUCACCAACCCGAUAACCUCUCCUUUGGACCUGUGGCUGCCCUCAGAUAGCCAGAAGUCCAAGAAAGAUGAGAGAAGCCAGGAGACAGUUUUAUCCUUCAGAAACCUUCCCAGGGAUGACUUAUGUUCAUGGCUACAGUCAGACCCAGAGUCCCGAUGCAGUGUCUACCCAUCCCUACCCCAUAUUUGGUGAAAGCAGGACCUAGAAGGGAGAGAACCAUUUGGUUGGUGAAUGCCACAGUGGGAACUCAUUACCAAACUGGCACUCAGAAUGGGAAUUAAGGCCACUUCUAGGGUUCAAUUUCUGCCCAUCCCUGCUCUAAUCACAGAGUGGGGAAGUUAAAUAUGUCUCUUGCUGUGAGUAUUCCUCCUCCUCCCCUCCCUCAUUCCUCCACUAGUUCUACUACUUGAGAAACGACCCAUUUUGAGCCCAAUUUCUAUAGAAAUUUGUUGAGGAAGAUAAUGCCAUCUCCAUCUCCAGCAAGAUUUUUUAAAAGGAAGGCAGCAUUGUGUGUAGCAAAGAGGGACUUUCCCCAUCUAUAAAAUGGGAUAGACUAGAUGACUUUGAAGGUCCUUUCCAUCUAUGGGAGUGAUUCAACAUGGAAUUCUAGCAAAGUCAAAAUUUUCCCAUGGUUCCCAAAAGUCAACAGGGAAAUUCCUAGCCUUACCUCUUAACUCCUUGUUCCAGCUCCAGGAUCCUCCCUGAGGCUAAGAGGCACCCGCAGCUGUGUCACUGGUCUCUGUGUGUAUGUGUGUGUAGGGGAAAGGUGUCAGCCUUUCAGCCCUGGGACCAUUGUAAGUUAUCCCCUCUGGUUAUUGCUCUGCCCUUACCUGGAUUUGCCCUCAAUUGCUGCACAUAAGUCCCAGGGAAUUCUAUUCCCCUGGCCUGCCCUGUCCUGAAGGUAGAAAACCCCAGUAAAUCUGAAUUGGAGGGCUCUGGUGUUUCUGAUGGACCCUGGUCACCAGUUCCACAAAGACUUGGAGCCAGGAGAAAGCGGUUUCUAUCCUGAGGAGCCUUCCCUCCUGAUCCCUGACCUAACCUCAGAGGCAGGGGCUGAGCCACGGAAGACUGGGGUGUCCUGGGUGUUGAGCCCCAGCUUCCACAUUCCCCAACCCCCUUCCACAUGCCUGCUAUUCUUUUCAGAGAAGCAGAAUAAUAGAAAGAGAAAGAAGAAAUAAACACUAGAUGGGAAGAUUUUAAUAAACAGACACUAACUUGCUGUGUGACCUUGGACA